AUGACAGACGUUUCCCAAGCACCCGAAAACCCAAAUAAUCAGAACCGCAAGCCGCCGGCGACGACCACGGUCCUUAUCGUCGGCGCGGGCCCUGCGGGAUUGAUGACCGCGUAUCUUCUAGCCAGGCAAAAAAUCCCCUCCAUCAUAAUCACACGCUACCCUUCGCGACUAGGUCAACCCAAAGCUCACGCCGUCAACCCCAGAAGCCUUGAGAUAAUGAGGCAAGCCGGGCUUGACAUCAGCAAGCUGCGAAGCCUAGGCUCAACGACACAAGACUCCUUUUGGGUUCGAUUCAACUUGGGCCUGGCGGCUCAGGAGUUGGGGAAACUUCCAUACGAACGGCAAGACGAUGCUGUCAAAGAUGUCACCCCUGAGCCUCUCUUCAACGUUGCACAGCCGGCUUUGGAAGAGUUUCUUCAAGAAGCGGUCCUUCUGAGUGGAAUGGUUUCCAUCUACUCUUCAUGGGACUGGGAGGAUGUCGAGUUCGAAGAAGGAAAGCUGAUUUCAUUGAUCGCAAGCAGAUCAGACCCUUCUACGACGGUGAAGAUAACAUCAGAGUACGUCGUAGGCGCCGAUGGGGCUGAUUCCAUAGUCCGCUCCAGACUGCCCAACGUCAUAUGGGCAUCACCCGAUGGGAUAGAAAGACCAAAGAGAUUCUACUGCUCGAUUCAUGCAUCCGGCGACUUAACCAGAUCAUUUGCAAACAGAGACAGGCGCGGUCAGCUGUCCUUCUGUCUCAACCCGGACCACAGAGGAGGGCUAAUUAUUUACGAUCCGCAACACUCUUGGGUUCAUGUACGGCCCGUCGAGCUCGAAAAUGAGCCCCUUGGGAGUUUCACGGAUGCCAGAUGUCAGGAAAUAAUCCGUUCCUGUAUCGGAUCGAAUGUGGAAGCGAAGAUUCUGUCCGUGAAUGUCUGGAACACGUGGCCCAAGGUAGCAAGUGCCUAUAGCGAUACUAUUCAGCGAAUCCAUCUCGUCGGAGACUCGGCACACUCUUUCCCUCCUCAAGGAGGCCUGGGCAUUAACACCGGGAUAGGAGACGCUCACAACCUAGCAUGGAAACUCGGCAUCGCCAUCCGUUCUGGGACGCACCUCGCAUCUUUGUUGGUUACGUAUUCAGAAGAACGACAGCCUGUAGCGGUAGCAAACUCGGUUCAAUCGGCAUAUAACGAAGCCAGGUGGCUUGAUCUUAACAAGACGGUCGAGAAAUUGGUUCGAAAGGCUUCGGCUGAAAGAGCAUCAUUCAGCUGUCAUGCGAUGAAAAUGGAGUUCGAACAGAGCCUGGCACUCAACAAACCGCAUUUCGAUUCCCUGGCUCUUCAGAUUGGAUACGUGUACGACAAGAGUAGAGACCCCAGACGACUUCUUGCGGACUGCUCGGAUUACCAGCCAUCGUCCGCCAUUGGUGCCCGACUCCCGCAUGCGUGGCUUGCAAAUGGUAGGUCGACGUUGGAUUUGAUUCCCGAGGGAGAGUUCAGCCUUCUUCACUAUGACAGAGGCUUGAAGUAUCCCAGUUCGAGCCGUAGGGUUGGCUCCAGCGAUGUUCGGCUGCGCAGUGUGGACGUCUCUGUCGCCGGUGCAGAGGGGCCUUGGAUCAGCAUCAUGGGGCUUAGAGGGGGAACCGCUGUUUUGAUUCGACCAGAUCAACAUAUCCUUGGUCACACGGGAUCUGUAGACGAAGCAUGGGCUAUCAUUGGCCGAUGUCUUGGCAAAGAAGCUGAUUUGAAUUCGAGUUAG